AUGGGUAGAAGGGUAAAAGAUCGCUCCAUCCAGCAGAAGAGAUCAAAGAGAUCUCACUCUCCUGUAGCGAGUUGUGUGUCCAUGAAGAGUGAUCAGUCCAUGGAACUUCCACCUCUCUUAGCAGAAGGAGGUGUUCCUGCUGGUCAGAGAGACCAACCUUGUUCAGUAAAUGUUGAAAUGCAGCAGAUCCACAAAUCCCAUCUUCAGAAGAAGUUUCAGUGUCUGACUGAGGGAAUCACAAAACAGGGAAACCCCACACCCCUCAGUAAGAUCUACACAGAGCUCUACAUCACAGAGGGGGGAAGAGGAGAGGUCAAUGAUGAACAUGAGGUCAAACAGAUAGAGAGAGCAUCCUGGAGAGAAGCAGCACGAUGCAGACAAAUCAACUGCAAUGACAUCUUUACACCUUUAUCUGGACAAGACAAACCCAUCAGAAGAGUGCUGACAAAGGGAGUGGCUGGCAUUGGAAAAACAGUCUCUGUGCAGAAGUUAAUUCUUGACUGGGCUGAAGGAAAAGCCAAUCAGGAUGUUCACUUCAUAUAUCCUCUUCCUUUCCGAGAGCUGAACCUGAUGAAGGAGCAAAAACUCAGUCUGGUGGAUUUCAUUAAGCACUUCUCCCCAGAAAUAGGAAAUCAAGCAGUCUUCACCAGUUCAACGCACAGAGUCAUGUUCGUCUUUGAUGGUCUGGAUGAGUGUCGACUUCCUCUAGAUUUCGACUCCAACCCAAUGUGUUGUGAUGUCACAGAGCCAGCCUCAGUGGAUGUGCUGCUGACAAACCUCAUCAAGGGGAAUCUGCUUCCCUCUGCUCUCCUCUGGAUCACCACCCGACCAGCAGCAGCAAAUCAGAUUCCAUCCACGUGUGUGGACCAGGUGACAGAAAUAAGGGGAUUCAGCGACCCACAGAAAGAGGAGUACUUCAGGAAGAAAAUCAGUGAUGAGAACCUGGCCAGCAGAACCAUCACACACCUGAAGUCAUUCAGGAGCCUCUACAUCAUGUGCCACAUUCCAGUCUUCUGCUGCAUUUCAGCUACUGUUGUAGCGAGAACAUCAGAUGAAUCAGAGAAAGUAGAAAUGCCAAGGACUUUGACUCAAUUGUACACACACUUCCUGAUCAUUCAGACAACCAUAAAAAAUGAAAAGUACACAGCGAGAAAAGAGAUAGAUGAGGAGAUGAUUUUCAAACUGGGGAAACUGUCUUUCCAACAGCUAGAGAAAGGCAAUCUGAUCUUCUAUGAGGAAGACCUGAGAGAGUGUGGCAUUAAUGUCACAGAAGCAUCAGUGUACUCAGGAGUGUGUACUCAGAUCUUCAGACAGGAGUCUGGGCUGUACCAGGGGAAGAUGUUCAGCUUUGUGCAUCUGAGCAUUCAGGAGUUUCUUGCAGCUGUAUAUGUGUUCCUGUGCUUCAGCAACAGAGAGAAACACAUGCCUGACCAACAGCAAACCUCUCAGCUCUCUGCUCUGUUCAGAGCUGAAACAUUUCAUGACCUACACAAGACUGCAGUGGAUCUGGCCUUACAGAGUAAGAACGGCCAUCUGGACCUUUUCCUCCGAUUCCUUCUGGGCCUCUCACUGGAGUCCAAUCAGAAUCUCUUAAGACACCUACUGCCACAGACAAGCAGCCAGUUACAGAGCUCAGAGCAAACAGUUGAGUAUGUUAAACAGAAGAUCAGAGAUCAGAAUACGUCAGACAGAAAGAUCAACCUGUUUUACUGUCUGAAUGAGCUGAAUCACCAUGCUGUAGUGGAGGACAUUGGCAGGAGCUCAGGAACUCUGUAUGUGGACAUGCUCUUACCAGGAAAGUGGGAGACUAAGAGAUUUAAGUUUAAGAUUUCAGAAGAGCAGCUGGAUGAGUUUGACCUGCAGAAGUACAUAAAGACACCAGAGGAAGAUCUUACUCAACUCCUCAGUCCCGAUGAAGUUCUGCAGAAGCUGGUGCCAGUGGUCACAUCUUCCAUUAUAGCUUAG